AUGAAGUCCGCUAUCUUCAGUCUCGCUGUCUUCCUGGCCUCCGCCUUGGCCGCGCCCGCGCCACAACAAGGACCUGAUGCAUGGUUCCCCGACGUCUGGAGCUGCCGUUGCCAUAGCCAGGCGCAGGAUCUUCCUGUUAUCCAGCCAAUCUGCAGCAGCUUUGGUGGCAACGACAUGACCAUCUACCCUCCCGCCCAGCCAGACCCAUACCUGGGCAGGUUCGUUUGGUGCCAGAAGACAUCUCUCAAAUCGGCACAGAAAGAGAACAGAAUGGCUGGUGUGUUCAACGACGCAGCAUGCCAGAAGCAAUUUGGUGCAGAUUUCAAAGCGGACUGCCAGGUGUUUGGUUAUGCCCUCUGCUUUGGCGAAGAGGAAUGCUAG